AUGGCUGGGGGUCAAAAAGGGGUCAGUAAAUGUCUGGAGGGGAGUAAUCAGCGAAGAAGUUCUGUAUAUGAAAAUGAAUUCACUACAAUCAACUGCAAAGCCAUUACUCGCAUACAGGAUGACUGGGAUGUGGAAGAAUUUAUCUCAAAAACCUGCUUGGGGAGGUUCCUCCAUCAUUCAUCUUUCAAGAUCCUGUUAGCUACCCUUGUAAUCAGCAAUGCAAUCGUCAUUGUUCUCCAAACGGAUCCGACACUAGAAGAUAAAUAUUUCGGCUUAUUCUCUGCCAUCGACACGAUUGUUCUGUCUUUUCUAAUCUGUGAAGUCAUUCUAAACUGGUAUUAUGGAUUCUGUUUGUACUGGAAGGAUGGCUGGAAUUUCAUCAAUUUUUUUAUUGUACUGUAUCUAGCCAUUGGAUUGAUCAUUCCUAUACUGGAUAAUGAAACACUUUUUCGAAUGGCCAGAGUCAUGAGGCUGAUGCAAGUUUGUACCUUGGUUAAUGGCCUGGCAAGGAUGUUCCAGGUGAUCUUGCAGUCCAUUCCUGACAUGGCAAAUAUCAUGAUCUUACUUUUUGCCAUCAUGCUGGUCUUCUCUGUGUUUGGAGUGACUCUCUUUGGAAGCCUCGUCCCAAAGCAUUUUGGGAAUCUGGGAACGGCUCUGUAUUCUCUUUUCAUCUGUGUCACCCAGGAUGGGUGGAUUAAUAUUUAUAAUGACUUUGAAAAUGAAGGCCUGGCCUUGGAGAUAGGGGGGGCCCUCUACUUCUUCAUCUUCAUCACCUUUGGAGCCUUCAUCUUUGCAAAUCUGCUGGUGGCUGUAGUGACCACCAACUUGGAACAAUCUAUGACUGAGUAUAAUGAGAAGAAGCAGUUGAAAACUCAGCUCUUUUCCACUACGAGCUAUGCUGGAUUUGAUGAUGGCACUGAUGACGACUUCGCUGCGUCCCAGUCAGAACCGGUGCAUAUAAAAGAAGUUAUGCAGGGAACACCUAUGGUCCAUCAUCAGGAGUUGCUCAGCUUUGGCAAUCUGGCCAAUCUGAAUGAGAGUACUUGUGAAGAUCUCUGCCUUGUCCUAGAAGCAGUCCACGAGAACUUAAAGGGAUAUCAGGAGAUCCGGGAUGAACUGGAGCAAAUAGUCCAGGAAGUGAGGUCCCUCAAAUUCAACGUAGAGCAGGAGCAAGAGAUUGUUCUACGAAGCAUCCGUGGGGCCAACAUUUCAGAAACUAUGUUUGCCGAUAACAUUCAUACAAAGACUGGUGAUGUUCUAUCUAUGUUGAUGAACCUGGAGAAGUCACACAUGCUUGACAAGGAGUACCAAAAGGGAGUGGUGAAAUCAGCAGCUAUGAGAGCCCGACGGCAGUCUGUGGUUAUAGCAAAUGAAUCUGCAAAAAAAUCCCGCCGACAAACUUUGCCAACAGGAUCUGACAAACAUCACAAGAGCUUGGCAAUAGGAAGCUUUCUAGAAAAGGUUCCUCGCCGAAUAACUUUGGUUGAAACCCCAACGGAGCAUGGCAAAAAGCGUAGGGUGAGUGCGCCUCCCACCUCUAGUGGCUCUACAGACCAAAGCCAGAGGCAGCGAGAGAGCACGUCUGGAAGUAGCACAGACAAGAAUCGGUACAAGAAGAAUCA